AUGUUUAUCAUUCUAGUUCCAUCUUGCGACGACGGAAAUAAAAAUCAAGAUGAAAUGGGUAUUGAUUGUGGCGGGUCAAUAUGUGCAGCUCGAUGUAAUUUAAAUGAAGAAUCUGAAUACUUUAUUUCCACUAUUCAAAUUUGUUAUAUUGUAGCUCAAUCGUGUUGUGACGGAAAUCGAAAUCAAGAUGAAACUGAUGUGGACUGCGGCGGUUCGAUCUGUGGCGCUCGAUGUGGUUUAAAUCAAGUUUGUUCCAGAAAUUCUGAUUGUUCCAAUAAGAAUUGCCAUCAAACAAAUAAAAUCUGCCAAGCACCUUCCUGUUCGGAUGGAAAUGAAAAUCAAGACGAAAGUGGUGUUGAUUGUGGUGGUCUGACAUGUACAGCUCGGUGUGAUUUGGGCCAGCAUUGCACUCAUAACGCUGAUUGUAGUAAUGGCAACUGUCAUCAAACAAAUAAAACUUGUCAAGUCCAGUCUUGUAAUGACGGAAAUCAAAAUCAAGACGAAUCCGGCGUUGAUUGUGGUGGUUUCGUUUGUGGAGCUCGGUGUGAUUUGAAUCAGGCAUGCUCACACAACUCUGAUUGCUCGAAUGGAAACUGCCAUACAUCAUUGAAGCUAUGUCAAGUAUCAUCUUGCAAUGACGGAAAUCGAAAUCAAGAUGAAACUGAUGUGGACUGCGGCGGUUCGAUCUGUGGCG